AUGGCCGAGUUCCCGUCGAAAGUGAGCACGCGGACCAGCAGCCCCGCGCAGGGCCCCGGCGCCUCGGUCUCCGCGCUGCGCCCGGACCUGGGCUUCGUGCGCUCCAGCCUCGGUGCGCUCAUGCUGCUGCAGCUGGUGCUGGGGCUGCUGGUGUGGGCCCUGAUUGCCGACACCCCGUACCACCUGUACCCGGCCUACGGCUGGGUCAUGUUCGUGGCUGUCUUCCUCUGGCUGGUGACAAUCGUCUUCUUCAUACUCUACCUGUUUCAGCUGCACAUGAAAAUGUACAUGGUGCCCUGGCCGCUGGUGUUAAUGAUAUUCAAUGUGGGCGCCACUGUUCUCUACAUCACGGCCUUCAUCACCUGCUCUGCUGCCGUCGAGCUGACGUCACUGAAGGGCACCCGGCCCUAUAACCAGCGUGCGGCGGCCUCUUUCUUUUCGUGUUUAGUGAUGAUUGCCUACGGAGCGAGCGCUUUCUUCAGCUUCCAGGCCUGGCGGGGAGUGGGCAGCAAUGCAGCCACCAGUCAGAUGGCUGGGGGCUACGCCUAGACCACCCAUGCCAUGGCCCACCUUGGGGCUGAAGGCUGUAGCCGGCUCCCAGUGUGGGGCGGCCCGUGAGCCCGAGGCCUGAGCCCUCCGUGGAGUUGGCCUGGAAGGGACUACACUUGCUCU